UUCUUCUUACUAUUUACACAUGGCAAAAUCGAAUUCAUCACCUAAACUCACACGGUAGCGACUCACCGCAGAGGAACCAUCUCCCCUUCUAUUUUCCUCGAAAACUAUAGAUGGCAACUGCCUGUAAAACAACCGGCCGGCUUUUGACAAAAAUGGAAACAGAAAACCCGAAAGAAACCGGAGAAAUCGAAGCGUCGACCCAGGACCCAAGAAAUGAACCUAAAUCCGACCCGAAUCCAAGAACCGUGAAGACGAAAAUGCCCGAAGUAGAGAUCCGAUUGUAUCGACGAGGUAAGGGUCCGAUCGACGUGUUCAAGUCAAGCUUGGGAGGGUGGGACCAGGACCAGCUGGAGGUCCGAGAAAUUCUUGAGAAAUACGGGUUUAAAUCGAUUUAUGCUUUCAAUACCCAGUCGGGUCGGGGCGUCCCAAUCCGAUUUCAUCCGAGAAAUGGAAGGUCUAUUAUCGGAUACAAGGACGGAUCAGUGGUUCACAUUGACGGCGAACCAAAGGAUUCUUUGAUCAAACCUAUAACCAAGAUCUUGGUAGGAAUAGCAGUUACAACGCUUUUGAUAGCUCUGGCAGUGAAGGAUACUCCUGAAUGGAUCAAGAAAUUAAACAUAUUUGGUGGUGACUUUCCUCCUUGGGUCCUUGCUUGCAUUGUUAUUGUUUUUACACGUAUGAGGAAGAGAACUAGGGAUUUCUUGAAGAAGCUUGGUUGGUGAUGCUGAUCAGUGUUAAAUUUUGUGCUUCUCCGCAUCAGUUGUUUUUUUUUUUUUUUUUGCUUAGUAGAUCUGUUCAUGUGUGUGAAACACUUGCAUAAUUAUAGAAUAAAAGUGCCAGAAGAUGUGGUAAAUUCUAAUGAAACUCAUUUUCUCUAAUUAACCUGUAAGAUUUUGAAGUGAAGGGAAUUCAGUGACAAGGUUCAAGUUUUCUACCAGGAUA